GGGAGGGAAAAGUCUCCGCCGCCAUCUUAGGGUCGCUGGGACCGUCUACGGUUGCUGUUGGCUGCCGCUUCUGAAGCGAGGACGCGAAGGCCCGGAGCCGAACCGGGCUGAAAAAGGCUGCCGAAAGGGAGGGGGAGGCGGGCUGUGAUCAAAUUCUUCUCCUGCCUGACACCCGUCUUCACUAGCAGCUCCUGCAUCUCGGGGUGGUGGGGAGCCCACCUGUUUGGGCCAGCCAUGGAUCCGGCGUUCCCCCAUCCAUCCCAGGACCCAAGCCAUGAAGACGGCAUGGCUGCGGACGACUUUGACAUUGUCAUAGAGGCUAUGCUAGAAGCACCCUACAAGAAAGAAGAGGCCCAGCCAGGACCCUCAAAGUCACCAGCUGAUCCCCCCACAGCACAGCCACCUCAGGAGGAGCAGCAAGGAAAGGAAACAAAGAAAGACAGUGCCCCCAGCAGCAGCGGAGAGAGCAGCAGCAAAAAGAAGAGGAGCAAAAGUCGGAGCAGAAGCCGUGACCACAGACACAGCCGCAGCCGGGAUCGAGACCGCCAUCGUAGGCGCAGCCGCAGCCGGGAUCGCCGUAGCCGUCACCGGAGCAGGAGCCGCCACAGGAGCCGCAGCCGGGAUCGGAGGCGGGGCAGCAGAUCCCGCAGCAGAGAGCGCCGGCGGGAUGAGAGAGUGCGCUAUCGCAGCCCCCCACCCCCUGGGCGGCGCUUUGGACAUAGCAAGAGUCCCCUCUACAGAGAGAAGAGCCCCCUCCGAGAGCCCUUAGGCAGCUUGAGCCCAGAAGAGCGCGAUGCCCGCACAGUGUUCUGCAUGCAGUUGGCUGCCCGUAUUCGCCCACGUGACCUUGAAGACUUUUUCUCUGCCGUUGGCAAGGUGCGUGAUGUGCGGAUCAUCUCUGACCGAAACUCCCGCCGAUCCAAGGGCAUUGCCUAUGUGGAGUUUUGUGAGAUCCAGUCAGUCCCAUUGGCCAUUGGGCUGACAGGGCAGCGUCUCCUUGGCGUGCCCAUCAUUGUCCAGGCCUCCCAGGCGGAAAAGAACAGGCUAGCUGCAAUGGCAAACAACCUUCAGAAAGGCAGCGGGGGUCCCAUGAGGCUCUACGUUGGCUCCCUUCACUGCAACAUCACCAAAGAGAUGCUGCGUGGGAUCUUUGAGCCCUUUGGCAAGAUUGACAGCAUUGUUCUGAUGCGUGACCAGGAUACUGGGCAGUCCAAGGGCUACGGCUUCAUCACAUUCUCAGAGGCAGAAUGCGCCCGGCGUGCCCUGGAGCAACUGAAUGGUUUCGAACUGGCUGGACGUCCCAUGCGGGUGGGGCAAGUCACUGAACGCCUGGAUGGCACCACCGAUAUCACCUUCCCCGAUGGAAAUGAUGAGCCCGACCGAUCUGGCCUAAAUCUUGGCGCCACAGGCUCCCAGCUGCAACUCAUGGCCAAACUGGCAGAAGCAGGUUCUGGACUCCCUCUUUCGACCACAGCUGCAGCUCAGGCUGCCCUGCAGCUCAACGGAGCAAUCCCCCUGGGAGCAUUGAACCCAGCAGCCCUGACAGCUCUCAGCCCAGCACUGAACCUGGCUUCUCAGACCUUGGCCUCUCAGUGCUUCCAGCUUUCGGGUCUCUUCACUCCCCAAACAAUGUAACACCACCUGAUUCCCCCCUGCCUUUCCUCUCCCACGGAGCCAGGAGGGGGAUUGUCAUCUCCAUGCCAUCACCUCACCACCUUCAUUGGAUCCAAGGCAGGGGGACGGACUCUGAAGGGACCCCUCUUCCUGGAGGACCUUCUUAACGCGAACUGAUUUACUCUGGUUUCCCUCCCACCAGUUGCUGGGGGAGGGGUCUUUGUUCUCUCCCUUGGUUCUGGAAUCAUCAUUGGAAGGGCCACGUUAACCCCCGCGUGGGAGCCUCAGAAGGGACCGGGGGACCCAUUCCCCCCCUGAUGUGGGAUUUCAGCAUCUCUUACAUAUUUUUGUUUCCUUCUGGCCAGAGCCUGACAGGGCUGCAGUGUCAGGAUGUACAUUUGCCAUUCCUCUUUCCCACCCUCUGCUCUCUGUGGGUUAUUUGCUGGACGGCUUUCGGAAGGGGCUCCAUCGCAGGAGGAGUCUGUCCGCUGUACAUAGAAGGAAGUCUUCUGAGCCAGCAUUUGAGUGGGAGGCCUGGUCCGGGGGAGUGCCCCAUUCCUUCCUAAGCAGUGUUUUGUUACCCCCUCCCAUCUGUAAAGAGGUUGCAUACAGUGUGGGAAUGUCACCCCAUUCCUUUCCCCACAUCCCUCCUUUUUCUUGGGUCUGUAUCCUGUUCUUGGUGUUCCCAUUUUUCCGCCGCACCUUCCCCCAGAAUCCCUUCAACCACUUCUUCUCCUUCCUCCUCCUCAUUCUCAACUUUCAAAGGUGUAUUUUGGUUUUCUUUCUUUUUAUCUCAGUUUUGUUUCUUUUUUCUUCUUUUUUUGCUUAUAAAUGAAUAAUAAAAGUCACCAAAUGUA